AUGUCUUUCAAAGAUUACUUCAACAAUAAUCUCAGUCUUAAUCCAAGUCCUCUUCCUUAUCAUCAUGGGCAUACUGACCAUCGAGGAACCACAAUGGAGAUUGCUUAUCAGCAGCCAAAAAGAGUAGCGACGGAUAUGUUCUCUUGUAACUAUUGUCACCGGAAAUAUCAUAGCGCACAAGCACUAGGAGGACAUCAAAAUGCUCACAAACGAGAACGUACAGCUACACUAGCCGCACUCGCAGCUUUUAGUUAUUAUAAAGCAAGUCACGGCAAGAACCUACAGCGCCACCAAGCAUUCUCAUCGUCAACUAUGAGUUCAUUACCAUCUGCAUCGCCACCUCUUACUCAUGGUGACUUUAUCAAGAAAUCAUCACUGGGUAUUCAAGGUCGAUCCAUGGUACAAAAACCAGCACCUUAUUCUUUGUUUUCAGGGGCUUCUCGGUGCUCUUCUGGUUUGUAUGGGAAGGAUAAACACAACCGCUCACACAACAAUACAUCUGAUUCUAGCGUGGCAGCUGGUAGCAAGUGCUUCGUCGUAAGUACAUCUGCGGUACCGCCGGGUGAGGGAGUAUUAAAGCUCGAUUUAUCUCUUAAGCUUUGA